AGGCAACCCUAUUACAGGCGUUAGUGAUGGCGGCGUGUUGUGUGUUGAGGAGGUUGUGGUGAUGCACAUGGAAACUGGUAGGAGACAAGAAGUCUAGAAAUUAAAGGAAGUUUCAUUGAAUGUUUUUCUCGCUCGCCCAAAUGUGUAAUGUCCUUUUCAAGUAUAAAAUUUUGUGAACUGUGACUCACUUUAUUUACCGAUUUUAAAUAGGAUGCAUAGUGGAUUGUGUAUCAUCAGCAUCUGUUUUAAAGAUUGACUUCACGACGUUUGGAUAUUAAAAGGAUUUCGUGUAAUUAAGUUUACAAGAUGACAGAAUCCGAACCUCCCCCACCUCCUGCACCUCCUCCUCCUAAUGAUGGUUUUUCCUCCUCUUUCUUUUCAUCCCUUCUAGAAGAUGAGGAGGAUGAUCGAGAUGGUUUGAUGGGUUGGUGUCAAAUCGAAGAGUCUCACCCCCCUCAACACAUUAAUUGGAAACAGAGGUACCAUGAACUGAAACGCUCUCUCGAGAGAUUUCGAAUAGAAACAGAAAAACUUCAAAGGUCACUACAAGAAAAGUUGUCUGAAUUGGAACAAAAAGCGAAUGAUGCAGAAAGAAGAGGGGAAGAGGCACGUCAGAAGGCUGCACUUAUGGAACAAAGAUUACAAUCUUUAGGGGUUUCCGGAGACAGUUUUAAAGAUUGUCAUCAAAAUCCAGAUCAGUCAUGUAAAGAUCAAAUUAUCACCAAUUUAGAGCAACAAGUUGAAGAACAGAAAAAAUUGAGGAUACUUGAUGCAAAGAAAGUUGAAGCGAAGGCAUCAAAAAUUAAGGAAUGGGUCACAAAUAAGCUCAAAGAACUAGAAGAACAGAACUUUCAUCUUAGGGAAGAAAACAAGAAAUGUAAUGCGCAGCUAGAUGUUUUAAAAAAGAGGCUUAGUUUAGUAUCCCAGCAGAAAGAAAAAAGCAAUGCUGAAGAUUCCUCCAGAGGGAGCUGGGAAGAGCAAGGUUCAUCCGACGAUGCUCCCCCGCACAGUUCAGUAUCAAGCGCCAAUCAACGUGCCAACUUCAUUAAUAAUAAUGAACCGUCCUUCAAUUCUUCCUUGGUUGAGAGUAGCAAGAAGACUUCCUCCUGGGCUUCAGCUCAACAAGCUCGUGUUGAUCAGUGGAUAGACAGUGCUUGUCAGGCAAGACGGUCUGAUUCUGAGGAUGGGGAUUGCCUACAGAUGUUGAACUCUGAAUCUAUCGUGGAAGCUGGUCUUCCUCCCAUUGUUCCUCCCCACACUUCAUCAAUUAGUACUUUACCAUUUUCACAAUCAUCAAUAUCAAGGUCAACAUCUGAUGUGAAAAAAACCCCUUCCAAAAAACAACAUUCCCGGUCACUUCCCCGAGAAACCACUAGAAACUCUUCUUCUAUGCAUGUUACUAAUAUCCCAUCUUCUAGAAAUACCACCACACAAACUAAUAUGGAAAAUGAUGUAAACAAUAGUAACAAGCACAACUCAUACGGGAAUAUUUAUGGCAGCUUAGAUCGCAAACUCAAGAUGCUGAAUGUUGGAAACGGACACUCGGGUGAGAGGAGAAGAACCGUACAGACGAGUAAUGAUCUUCAUGAUUAUGCUGAAAUUUAUACACCCAGUAAAGAAAUGAUUGUCGGACUGGAUUCUGAUAUGGACAUUCGACCCCCAACUCCUCCCUUGCACAGGUUCCCUUCUUGGGAGUCAAGAAUAUAUGAAGUUGCAAUGAAUGGCAUAUCAUUAUCUAGAGAUGCUCUACAUUCUUGUCCUAUGAUUCCAUCUCAUAAACCUAAAAAAAAUCAAGAUAGUUACAUGACAGACUCUUUUACUGAUAUGAGUAUUCCAGUUUAUGCCAUGGUUAAGGGUAGGGCUUCCCAAAUCAGAUCUGUUCCUUUUACUGGUGAAUCUACAGAUUCUUCAGACAAUGAAGAAAAUACGAGAGUCACAUCUACUCACACCACUAGCGGUGAGACAGAAUCUAGCGCUUCUACUGGUAGUCCAGGCAGAAAUAAAAGUAGUACAAAUCAGUCACCUGCAAAACACAGUUGCACUUCUCCUACAAAAUCAGUUAAAAGAGAUACUUCUACUGAAUCUGUUUUGUCUGAUGAUUAUGCCAUUCCUCCUGAUGCAUAUGCAGACACUUACAGCAUAGAUUCUGUUGAACCACCCAGAUUUUCUUCUAUCAUAGCUGAAACCGUAAAAAGGGAUAAUUUUGAAAAAUGUGGCUACUUAACUAAAUUGGGAGGAAAGUUGAAAACGUGGAGACGAAGGUGGUUUGUUUUAAAAAAUGGCACACUUAGUUAUUACAAGACACAGAAUGAUGUUGGUAGGAAACCUCAAGGCCAAAUCAUGUUGGAUGAUGUAUCCAGAGUAAAUAGAGCAGACGGUGGAACAUUUGAGAUUGCCACUUCUAAAAGAACAUACUACCUAACUGCUGAUUCUAACUCCACAAUGGAAGAUUGGAUUAGAGUUUUGCAAAACGUUAUUAGGCGGAAUACUACUCAGUUAGCUUUAAAUAAAGAUGAUAAUAAACCUUCAAUUCAAGGUUGGGUUACUAAGGUUAAACAUGGCCACUCAAAGAAAUGCUGGUGCUCUCUGGUCGGAAGAAUGUUUUUAUAUUAUAAAACUCCAAAUGAUUCGAAGCCCUUGGGUCAAAUAAAUAUGCGUGAUGCAAGAGUGGAAGAAGUUUUGCACGUAUCUGAUAGUGAUGAGGACGACCAAGAUGAUUCAAUGGUCAAAUCCGAGUAUACAAUCGGCAUUUUUCCAAAUCAUCAAGGACCAACGUAUCUCAUCAUGCCAGGAAAACAGGAGAUGGAUACCUGGUUGUAUCAUCUUACUAUAGUAUCAUGUGGAGACAACUUAGUAGGUACCCAAUAUGAGCAGUUAGUUGCUAGAUUAAUGGAAGUAGAUGGUGAAGAGAAUAAUGUCAUCUGGAAACAUCCCUUACUUUUAUACUCAAAGGAGAGUUUGACACAGCCAUUGACUAGUCUGCCGUCCGAACAACUUCAAGCUGAGGCUGUUAAGCUUUUUAAGUCCAUCCAGCUGUUCAUUUCAGUGCCUCUUGAUGCAUCGGGCAUCGAUUAUCAUGUUGCUCUGGCCCAAAAUGCCUUGCACCAGUGCCUAACGCAAUCUGAACUGCAAAAUGAACUUCUAUGUCAGCUGAUGAAGCAAACAUCACGCCAUUCUUAUCACAAACCUGGCGUUCAGCAAUUGCUUCUUUGUGCUACCCAGUCAUUGUUCUUGUGUGACUCUUCUGAAAAGCUGUCUCCUACCUCAACCACAUCACAUGAUCGCAUCCCACCUCCUGAAAGCAAACUUAACCCACCGCCAUUUGUCUUUGUCCAAAGCUGGCAGCUACUAGCUUUAGCACUUUCACUCUUUGUACCUAAAAAUAGGACAUUAUGGUAUCUAAGAAUGCACUUAGCAAGAAAUUCAGAUCCUAAGACAGAAUCUGGAAAGUAUGCCAUUUUCUGUCAACGGACGUUAGAAAGGACUUUAUUAAAUGGAGGAAGGGAGAGUAAACCUUCUAGAAUGGAAGUUCUUAGCAUUCUUUUAAAAAAUCCCUAUCAUCAUUCUCUUCCUCAUAGCAUUCCAGUACAUUUUCUAAAUGGUACCUACCAGGUUGUUGGGUUUGAUGGCUCAACUACUGUUGAAGAAUUCAUUCAGACUGUUAAUGAAGAGGCCGGGAUAAGAGAUUCUACCCACUCUGGAUUUGCUCUUUUUAGUGAUGACCCCAUCGACAAAACGCUCGAACACUGCCUUCUAAGUACUGCUAAACUCUGUGAUGUAAUAUCCAAAUGGGAACAAGCUCUUAGAGAAAAACAUUUAGGAAAAUUUGAGAGUACUAAAGUUGUAAAGCUUACUUAUAAAAAUAGGUAUUUCAUUUUUAUUAUUAUCAGGCAACUACUAGAAAAUAUAAAGGAAAAGUGGUCUAGUUUGCGAGGACGUAGUGUGAUGGACUGUGUUAGAAUAUACUUAAAUUGUGCAAGACGAUGGUCUUUGUGUGGUGCCAAACUUUUUAGUGCCAAGACUCAAUUGAAACAAGUUGACUCAUCAUCUGUGUGGCUAGCUGUUUCUGAAGAUUGUAUAACAUUAUUAGAUUUCACUACAAUGCAACCCAUAGUUCGCUAUCCUUAUGGCGUAGUUGUUACCUUCGGUGGAUGUAAAGAGGAUUUUAUGCUGGUCGUGUGCCAGACAACAGUUGACCAAAAAACGUCAGGAGAAGGUAUUCAGGUGACUGAGCGCCUCCUCUUCUCCAUGCCUAAACCAAAGAUAUUGGAAAUAACAUUGCUGGUUGCUGAUUACAUGAAUGCAAUUGGACGGAGUGGAACUUCUUUAGGAUCGUUUGCCCGAUUAGAUAAAAUCAGAUCCUCCUCAAAAUUACGUACAUCGGCAGCUACCACUGUAGAUACUUUUUCCCGCGCACCCCACGAAAGUUCUGUCCCUUACGAUCCCCAUAAAGCUAUGUCAACAUCCACUGAACUGGACAACAGGCGAGGCGCUUUCUGCAAGAAACGAGCCGGUAGUGACUGUACAUGAUUCACAGCCGACUUAAGCACCCCCUCAAUUUCUUUCUCACUAUUUAUUGCUUUUCUUUGAUAUCAUUGUACAGACAUGCUGUGUACAUCGGUGCAAUAAAAAGAACUGUACACGUUGGAAGUCCAAAUGGAAUCAUGCCAAACGAGCCAUGCUUUUCUUUUUAUGUUCUCUUUGAAUGUCACUUGAAUCUGAUUAUGAAAACUAAUGAAAUUGGAACAAAUCGGUGGAUUUAUUUGGUGAAAACUGAAAACUCGAAAUUUCCUUAUCUCGUAUUGUUCUCUAAAUACGUGUUUUUAUUCUUUAAAAUAUUACAGGGUGUUCUGUAAGGACAGUUCUUAAUAUAUAUAUAUAUAUUUUUAGAAUCUUUGUCAAAAAUUAUACACCACUAGCGAUAGAAAAUUAAUAUAGUCUUUAUAAAUGAAAUAGGUAAUUAUUUUAUAUUAUUUAUUUUAUUAAUAUUAUUUUAUAUUAUUAAUUUUAUAGAUAAAAUUGAUUGUCUUAGUAAAUAAAAUAGAUGUCUCAAAGUUAUGCCACUUUCCUACUCUUCACUCAUUUCCCCUCUCCGAUACCAUGGUUUCGGCAAAUCUUACUUCUUUUCUUUUUCCUCAUGCCAUAUUUUCCAACUUCAUACUGAAACGAAACCUAUUGACGAAACCUUAGUAACGGAGAGGGGGAAAUAGUGUCUAAAUCGUGUAACCUUGAGACCUCUAUUAUAUUUAUAAACAGUAUAACUGAUCACAAUUGUGGAAGAUGGGUGCUCGAACCGCAUGUUUGAUUAAUCUGAAGAAUCACGUGGGCUGAAAAUAUCAAAACCAGUUUGAUUGCCGGAAGGAAACAGAGAAGAGUAAAAGGCGAUUAUUAAAACAUUUUUAAGUUUAAAUCUACAAACAAACAGAUUUUAAUGCACCCUCUUACUCAAGUUGUAAUUUUUCAGGUUUCUAAAAAGUUUUUAUUUUCUCUUAAUAGCAUCAUUUUGCGCCCCCCCCCCUUUACGCCGUACUUUUUGUCUUCAUUUUUGACGAAGAGUCUUAAAAACAUAUAGAAAUAAUUAAAAAAAAAAAACACCCUAUGUAAUCAUUAUUUAAGAAUGAGUUUCCAUUUUUAAGAAAACUAAUUUUAAAACUAUUUUAAUGACUCUCUUUUGAAUCUUGUUGCCAUUUUAUAUUAUAGUUUUGUUUGUAAUUAAUUGCAUAUUUUUUAGCACUUACAUCAUGCUUGAUUAGUAUUUUGUUUCCCCCUAGCUCUUGUUUGAUUUUAAAUGUUACUUAAUAUCAUGCAUAUCAUCAUUUUAGUAUAGUUAGAAUAUUUAUACUUUAACAAAUGUAUAGUUGAUAAAAUUUAUUUUUAAACAUUAUUUAAUUAUUUUGUCAAUGAUAUCUUGUUUUGCUUCAGAUUAUCGAUGACAAGUUUUUCUUUCGUAUGCAGCUGAAAUCGGCAAUUUUAAUUUAAUUUGAGCUAUUUUACAUUUUUUUAAAAUGGUAAUUGUUGCAACUAUAUUUAAGUUUCAAUAAAAUGUUUACUUUUACGAACAUUUUGUGUGAAUAAUUCUACAAAGUUGUAUACAUUAUUUUUAGGUAAAAAACAAUUGGUAAAGGAAAGUUAUGGUGGAUCAUAUAUUGAUAUGUUCGCUGUCAAAA